AUGAAGCCAUCUAUCAUGUUCAUCUACAUCUUCGCCGCUACAGUAUCUGCAAAAUGGUGGGCCAGAGAAGAGCCUUCUUGCGCAGUACUAUCUAGAUCUGCUGAAGGCAUUGCAUACCGGUACUACGCCCAGGGUACACCCAAAGAACCUUGCGCAACAAGCGAUGACCAUGAACGCAUCAGAGCAUCUCUGGAUCACUCCAUGAAGAAACUGGAUCUGGACUGUCUGCCGGAGUCUACGUGCAUGCCCGUUGAUCACGACUGCGAAUGGAAUGGCGGUGCUUGGAGGGGUUAUUUGCUGUAUGGUCCCAAGGACAAGGUCGAUUUGAACAAGUCCUGUGGAUCUGAGGAUGAAUUCGACUCAAAGUACGGCGGACUCAGUCUCGAGCGUGAACUCGAACCGUUGUUCAGCAAGUCAUGCAAGUCAUGCAAAUCCGAUAGCGAGCUGUAG